AUGGUGAUGCUCCGAUUAACCGUCGAACAGUACCGAAAGCUGCCAGUUCUAGUAGACGAGAAGACUUGCAUCGGAAAGACCUUUAUCAUCACAGGCGGAAACUCCGGCCUGGGCCUUGAGACGGCGCGACACCUUGUUGCGGCAUCAGCCGAGUGUGUCGUGCUGGCCGUGCGGAAUCUCCAGGCGGGCGAAGCUGCUAAGAAUGAUAUUGAGAAGACGACUGGUCGGAGGGGAGUUGUACAGGUACGACAUAUAGACAUGUCGACGUACGCGUCUGUCCAAAGCUUCGUAAAGAGGAUAACAGAUGAGCUCGACAGAAUUGAUGGGUUUAUCUGCAACGCGGGACUCAUGAUCGAUGCGUGGUCGCAGUGCGAGGGCAUGGAGACAAGCAUGUUCGUCAAUGUUAUCAAUACUGUUUUCCUCGGUGCUCUCAUGAUGCCUAAACUGAAAGAGUGUGCGGAGAGGUUCAACAUCAAGCCUACUCUUGUUUUCAUUGUUAGUGUCCUGGGGUACACUGCCAAAAGCGAGUUGGAGAAGAGUCGCAACAAUGUCAUAUUUGACGGGCUCAAUGAUCAGAAGCGGGCUAAUAUGGACUCGAGGUACGCCCUCACCAAGCUUGUGGCAGAGUGUGCUGCCCGCCAGCUCGCGGCUCAAUGUCCUGUCGAGCGCACGGGUGUUGUCAUCACCAUGGUCGCGCCUGGGCUUUGCACCACUGGCCUAGGUCGUGAUGCCCGGACCUUCACCAAGGUCAUGCAUGAGGCGGUCCGGGCUAUGAUGGCACGAACUGCUGAGGAGGGCAGCCGAACAAUCUUACACGGUCUGGUGGUGGGUGAGCAGGGCCAUGGCAAGUUGCUGUCCGGCUGCAAAAUCAAGGAAUAUUGGGUGCCCACGUGGCUCACCAAUGAGGAGGGUCAGACGUUGCAGAGGCGCAUCUGGGACGAGCUUGUCUCCAGGCUGGAGUUGGUACAGCCCGGAUGCAUCUCACAGCUUACGUAG